AUGUGCCCGUGCCCCCUGCACCGCGGCCGCGGGCCCCCGGCCGUGUGCGCCUGCAGCGCGGGCCGCCUGGCUCUGCGCUCGUCCGCCGCGCAGCUCACGGCCGCUCGGCUCAAGGCGCUCGGCGACGAGCUGCACCAGCGCACCAUGUGGCGGCGCCGCGCGCGGAGCCGGAGGGCGCCGGCGCCCCGCGCGCUCCCCACCUACUGGCCCUGGCUGUGCGCGGCCGCGCAGGUGGCGGCGCUGGCGGCCUGGCUGCUCGGCAGGCGGAACUUGUAGGAACGCGGGGCUUCUUGGUGGGGCCGGAGCCGACACCCAGCCGGAGGGAGCAACAGAUUCUGGAACAGAGCAGAGCGGCAGAGAAUGAGAAGGAGAGAAAAUCAGCCUGAGCUCACCACAGGUGGAUCUAGGGCUGGAAGGUGGAGGUCGAAGGUUGGUGAAAAACCCUGUGUCCUUGGAGAAAGCUGGUUCCCGUUUUCCUGAGGGGGAGCCCAGAGCUUGAAAGGCCGCAGUUGGCACUUCGAGAAGGAAGUGAAGAGGAGCCUGGAGCAAUAGUAGCAAUGUGUGCGGAAAGGAACUGGGGAAGCCCUUUGCAUAUCCAGCUGCAGAAACAGACACCCCAAUGCUAUUUACAUACAGCUCUAUAUAUAUAAAAAAAGAAAAUAUGAAUAUUACUACUCAGUGCAUGUGUUGUCAAGGACACAGUCCCCUCCCUUUUCUGCACCUUCCCAUGCGAACUUUGAUGCUUCUGUGUCUGGGGCACCGGAAGAGAGAUGCCUACUGUGUACCUAGGAAAUCUGCAAAGACUGGUGGGAGUUAGCCCCAGAGUUGACCCACCACCUGGGGAGGGAUGCUGGUGGAGUGAGUGGUGAAAUUGCAAAAAGGCAAAAUAGAGAAAAAGCAAGGAGGACAAGGAGGAGCACUGUAGGGGCAGUCUGGGAUUCUCCAUUUCUAAAGUCUUGACAAGUCCUAGUCUCUCUAUACCUAUGUAGGUAGAUAGACGGUCCUGCUGUCACAUCAAGACAAUUGAGAUUUUUUUUUUCUCCUACCAGUCUGGUGUCUCUGGUGCUUCACUUAAAUUUUGCUGGUGCUGUGUUCUUGCCGGUGCUGCCAUGGUGUUCUGUUGCCAGACUGCAAGGCCAGGGGACAAGAGAGAUUUCUAUUUUGCUGUUUCAAAUUCUCUUUUUAAAGGGACAAGUCGCAAAAGUGCCACUUGAGAGUCUCUUCUCUUUCUCUGUGGGGAUGAAAAUCCAGAGGCGUUUUUUGGAGCAAACCUUGGGAUCUGGCGGGGAGGGAGGGAAGGGAUGGUAUGGAGUGGCUUGCUGGUUACUGAGGCGGAAAGCUGACCUCAUAUGUGACUUGUUUGCUAUGUCCUCUACCCCCACAAAAGUAUCUUGGGAGUUCAGCCCAUGGCCUCCCCCACUCCCCAAGGGGAUUUCAGGGCUUAGGUUUUUAUGGAUUAAAGAGCCAAGGAAUGGCUACAUUCUGGUCAAGGGUGAUUUAUAAGGAGGAAGCACUGGGGGAGGGAGCGGGUCAUUUAAAUGAAAUGCACCAGCAUCUCACUGACUGACUGAGGGUCUGAUUUUUUUUCCCCCAGGAUAAGCUACUAUUUUCAGAAGUUUCUAGAAGGGCUUAAAAAAAAAAAAAUGUGUGCUGGACUGAGAGUUGGCUGCAAAGACUCUUCAGGGAGCAAUUAUUAUUUUUUGCUUUUAUUUUUAAAAAUGCAAAAAAACACCAGGUAUUAUUCCUCUGUGCUGGGUCUCACACAGUGCCCUGUGCAAAGCUGAGGUGGUGGUGCUCCAGACUGCGAGGGGAUCAGACUGUCAUUCUGCAAGGCUGGAUCUGCAGGUCACCACCCAGUCCCUAAGGACAGGGGGUCCACUGGACUGAUUUGCAGAUACCCUUACAGUUCUAAGAAGCCAGCAGAGGGAUCAGCCGUUGUUAAGGUUGACAUGGGGUUGAAUUAUUCCCCACAGGCUUUGUUGAAAAUUGCCAGGUCCUUUAGAAUGCAGGACCUUUUAGCGCUGUUGCAAGCUGGGAGCUGUCUUUCUUUCUUUCUUUUUUCCAUGCCUUAUGUUUUCCUAAAUAGCCCUUUAAAGACAAAUGUAACCCAAAGCACUGAAGGUGAGGGCAGUCUGUCCACCUCCACCUCCAGAAGGUUUGUGCAAAAGGAAAGCUUGUUGAUGGAGAGUUCGCUCCCUUUUGUUGAGGGGGGCCCUCCCCACAUUUAUGUUUGCAGGGGAUGAGUGUGUGGGCAGGGUCUGCAGAGAGCAGCAGGCGACAUCCCCACCAAGCCACGAACUUAGAGAAGGCACAUUAAUUAAUUAGAAUGAUAUGAAACACGGUGUCUGCCUCUGUAUCGUCACUUUCCGAGCCAAACACUAGAGACUUUCCGGCUCAGCCCAUUUUCUGGGGAGGGGGUUUUCAUUACUAUAAUGGUACGUGAUCACAGCUACUCUGCUGCUUUAAGGCUGUACCCUCAACACUGCAGUAGGGCCACACUGACCAUCCAGACACAGGGGAGAGGUGAUAUGUCAGAGAAGCUCUUUUUUCAGCCCUGACUUACCUACUAGCUUCUGACAUUUUCGCAGGAGGAUCCAAACUCCAAAUGCUGGGGUUGGUGUUUGGGGCAAUUUUGAUUUCAAUGAAGCCACACUGCUGAGAACUGGACACCCGUGACCUCCUGAUGGAGCUUUAUAGCCAAGUCCCUUGUACAUAUUCUCUUGUAUUAAUAGAAACUGUGUAUUUAUCUAAUCCUGGCUUUUUCUUGCACAUCAUUAAUUUGAGUGCACUUCUCGACUGCCCCGAUUUUUGACAAGGGGUUGUUUUUAAUGCUUGUUUUUAUAUGAGAUUUGACUUCUUGAUGGACAUUUGUAUUAGGAAAUUGAAGCAUGAUAUAUAUGUAUAUAUUGUCUCCACCGUCUCUGAGGCUGCAUUACUUGGAUUGCAUGAGAUAGUGGGGUGGUGUUUUUUUUUUUUUUUUUUUUAAAUAUUUCCACAGUGUGCAAAGUGCUGGCACCAUCCCUCCCUCUCUCCCCCGCUUUUCUCCGGCUGCCAAGGAGUCAUUGAUUUUGAUUAGCUUCACUGCAGAGCGUCUGUGAAGAGAGGGAGAGGGAGGGAGGCUUUGAAAUAAAUUUUAAAAAAGACCUCAUAUCGGGUUUCAGCAGACAGCAGUGUGUGUGUGUGUGUGUGUGUGUGCGCGCGCGUGUAUGUGCGCGCACGCGUGUCCGUGCAAAGCAGAGGGAGGCCUCUGAGAUCAUUGUUUAGGUAGCUGCUGCAUAAUGAGGUGAGGAGCAAACAGAAGGGCCUCCUUCCUGAUGGUACUGGUUGCUCUCAGAGGGUGGGGGUCCAGAAGCCACAGGGACAGGAGCCUCCUGGGACUUUAACAUUCCCAUUCCAAAUUAGAUCUGUUCCCUUCUAGAAGCUUCUUUCCCCAUCCCCCAUAAGCAAGUAGGAUCUCCUUACCCCAUUUCAAAUUUGGGAUUCCAUUUCAUGUUCCUCCUGGCCUAGAUGUAGCUGGAGUAACAGGUUUCUAGGAGGAAGCCCAUUUCCCUCUCUGGCUGCUGUCCAUGGUCCUAGGCCAUGAGCCUCUCCUAGAACCCAAUUCCCAUUUUGUUUUCCUCUCUUCCAUUGAGCUACUGGAGACUUCUUUUCUACUUCUCCCAGUGGUCUCAUUUAAGAAAUUCUUUUCUAUUUUGAUGGGGAAAAAUGGUGAUUUAAACAAUACUGUCACAGACUGAUGAAACUGUGACUUUGGUUUCACAACUUACGUAGCAGAUCUCGUGCUAUUAUCAUGUUUCUGACCUUGAUAAAAUAUCACUUCCCCUAGUUGGGAAACUGUGAGAGUCCAUCUCUGAUCCUGCACAAGUCUCUUUUGGGGACACUGGUUUGCCACUGUGGACUUUUUGAGUGUCCACCUGGUAUCAGAAGCUGCCGUGAUCAGAAUGCAGGUUUUCUUUUAUGUUGAUACCAACUCCUUUUCUGAAUCUUUCCUUAAGUCAGCCUGGGCCAAUCAGAGUCAGAAGUUGCUUGGAGGGUGAGGGGGCACAGGCUAGACACCCUAGCCUAGUCCCAUAGGAGCUGAUGGAGGAUGUUGGUGUCAUUAAGUGUCAUUUUAAAGCUUAGACCAAAACUUUCUUUUUAAAAUAGCAUUUUUUUCCAUCUAAUACCUAUUUAUUGAGCACCUACAAUGUGCCAGGUUGUAGAAUCCCAUCUGGGAAGAAACUUAUGUAUGGAGUGUGGAGGGGCAGCCCUGCCUGGAACCAGAUGAUGCUAAUUGUCCCUUUCCAGUCUGGUUCAUGGUCUUUAACAGAUUUGUCAGGCCAUCCCUAUCACCCCAAGCCUUGCUGGCAGAUGGUUCUAUAGUAUUUAUAUUUACAGAGCACUACUAGUCAUGGAGGAAAUUAAAAAGCCUGUGAUCUCAACUGACACCCAGCAUGAAAAGCCUAGCUCCUUCUUGCUGCUUCAUGCAGUAACAAAAGCCACCAUCUACAGCGUGCUCACCACUCCUGAGCCCUGUGGAGAGUGCUUUACACGUUUCUGCAGUUAUUCCUCAUACCCAUUCUGGAAGACAGUAGUUAUUAUUCCCGUUUUACAGUUGAGGAAGCCGAGACUCAAAAGGUUUUCAACCUAGCCUAAGGCUGCAUACAAAGAAUGAAGUGGCCAAGCCAAGAUUUGAACUCAGGACUGUAUGACCCACCCCCCAACCCCCCCAAGCAAACCCAUGAGCUAACUGUUCUGUCACACUGGAUUCCCUCCUCAGCUGGUCCAUAGCAUUGCUAGUUCAAGGGCAAGCACAGCCUAGGGCCCAGCAGGGAGCAAGAGAGUGUUGCAUUUGGGAACACUCCAGAACAGGCUGGAUUGGUUGAGUUGGCAAUUUUACGUAUUUAUGCCCUGCCAUUUGUGUCCUUAAUUUCUCUAAGGUCCCUUGGAGGAGCGUCUGGUUUGCAAACAGGGCCUGUUCAACUUACUUCCUAGGACAUGGGAAGCUUUUCUUACCUCUUUCCUGUCCCCUCCCUGACCGGAACCCUUAAGUCUUUUGCACUAUAAGUGCCCAGGAGUCUAUGUGUGUGUGUGACAGGGAUAGCUGUGGGGGUGUUUGGAACCUCGGUGAGGCCUCUGGCUCAGCCAGAGAGGCAAUAAGCUUGGGAACAUUCCGUUCUGGGUUCUAACCUUGCUGGUUUGUUGUGCUCUUUUGUAAGAGGAAUUUCAUACCUUGGAGACGCUUUGUACAUAUUUGUAAUGACUUUAUUAAAAAACUGGUUGUGUGCUUCCA